GAUGAAGACCACUGUGAGGAACAUAAACAGUGAUGAUGAUGAUGAUGAUGAAGACCACUGUGAGGAACAUAGACAGUGAUGAUGAUGAUGAUGAUGAAGACCACUGUGAGGAACAUAGACAGUGAUGAUGAUGAUGAUGAUAAGACCACUGUGAGGAACAUAGACAGUGAUGAUGAUGAUGAAGACCACUGUGAGGAACAUAGACAGUGAUGAUGAUGAUGAUGAUGAUGAAGACCACUGUGAGGAACCCGUUGUUACACCAGCUGUUGUUGAUGAGCAGGGACAGUCCCCCUCCUGUCUUCAGGCCGGUCCCGGUGCUGUCCCUGUCGGCUCCAACCGUCUGGAAGCCGGGAAUGGUGACGAUGGAGUCCGGUAUCUUCUCCUCCUCAGCUCCUCCUCAGCUCCUCCUCAGCUCCUCCAGUAUGGAGGCUCUCUCUCCAGUCAGGAUGCCAGAGGGCCUCAGGGCGAUCAUCUCAUCAUCAUCGCGGGUGAAAACAAUGCGACUCCCCGUCGCCAUGGAGACCAGCGUAAAAAUAAAAAGUGCUCAAAAACGCCAAAAAAGUAUCUAGGCAACAUGAACAAAGUGAGGAGGCAGUAUGGACAAGGUGAGGAGGAUCCUGGUGUCUGUCUGCAGGGAGCGAGCUGCUCCUCAGCGAGCUCUGUUUGUCCAGCCCCGCACUGUAACUGUUGGCAGAGCGUAACGGGGCAAUUCAGUGACGGCGGGGCAGAUGAGGUGGAGGUGAACUGCUCUCUGGAGAAGAACCAGUUCAUUCUUUACAGAGGAGACAAAGAACGAGGGGUUCCUCUGAAGAGGCCCGCCUUUUGUCCCAUCAAACACCUGUCAGUCACGGAGGCAGCUGCGAUCCCAUUGGACGUUCAGCAGCGUGGGAUCGAUGUGGGCGUGGCCAUCAUCCUGCAGACAGCCAAUCAGAGAGUGUUGCUGACGCGUCGGGCGAAGGAGCUUCGGAUAUUUCCCAACGUCUGGGUUCCUCCAGGCGGACAUGUUGAGCCAGAUGAGACGCUGCUGGGUGCAGGCCUCAGGGAGUUAAUGGAGGAAACUGGACUGAAACUGGAACCAGAGGAAGUUUCUCCAAAGAUACUGGGACUCUGGGAGUCCGUGUACCCCCCCAUGCUGUCCAGAGGACUUCCUCAGAGACAUCACAUAGUCGUCUACAUGCUGCUGCACUCCUCCCGCUCUCACCUGCAGCUACAGUCCUCUCUGAGCCCGUCCCCCGCUGAGGUCAGUGCCUGUCUGUGGGCCGACAGACGGCUGGUCGGAGCCAUCGUGUCCGCCGUAGACGGAGAGGACACCGCAGUUGGACUGGACGACCUGCCGAGCAGCAUCAGGUACGACCGGCUUCAGUUUCCUGCCUGGUGCUAGUUCAGGGUCUGGUGCUAGUUCAGGGUCUGGUGCUAGUUCAGGGUCUGGUGCUAGUUCAGGGUCUGGUGCUAGUUCAGGAUCUGGUGCUAGUUCAGGGUCUGGUGCUAGUUCAGGGUCUGGUGCUAGUUCAGGGUCUGGUGCUAGUUCAGGGUCUGGUGCUAGUUCCGGUCUGGUGCUAGUUCAGGGUCUGGUGCUAGUUCAGGGUCUGGUGCUAGUUCAGGGUCUGGUGCUAGUUCAGGGUCUGGUGCUAGUUCAGGGUCUGGUGCUAGUUCAGGGUCUGGUGCUAGUUCAGGGUCUGGUGCUAGUUCAGGAUCUGGUGCUAGUUCAGGGUCUGGUGCUAGUUCAGGAUCUGGUGCUAGUUCAGGGUCUGGUGCUAGUUCAGGGUCUGGUGCUAGUUCAGGGUCUGGUGCUAGUUCCGGAUCUGGUGCUAGUUCAGGGUCUGGUGCUAGUUCAGGGUCUGGUGCUAGUUCCGGUCUGGUGCUAGUUCAGGGUCUGGUGCUAGUUCCGGAUCUGGUGCUAGUUCAGGGUCUGGUGCUAGUUCAGGGUCUGGUGCGAGUUCAGGGUCUGGUGUGAGUUCAGGGUCUGGUGCUAGUUCAGGGUCUGGUGUGAGUUCAGGGUCUGGUGUGAGUUCAGGAUCUGGUGCUAGUUCCGGUCUGGUGCUAGUUCAGGGUCUGGUGCUAGUUCCGGUCUGGUGCUAGUUCCGGAUCUGGUGCUAGUUCAGGAUCUGGUGCUAGUUCAGGGUCUGGUGCUAGUUCCGGUCUGGUGCUAGUUCAGGGUCUGGUGCUAGUUCAGGGUCUGGUGCUAGUUCAGGGUCUGGUGCUAGUUCAGGGUCUGGUGUGAGUUCAGGGUCUGGUGUGAGUUCAGGGUCUGGUGUGAGUUCAGGAUCUGGUGCUAGUUCAGGGUCUAGUGCUAGUUCAGGAUCUGGUGCUAGUUCAGGGUCUGGUGCUAGUUCCGGGUCUGGUGCUAGUUCAGGGUCUGGUGUGAGUUCAGGGUCUGGUGCGAGUUCAGGGUCUGGUGUGAGUUCAGGGUCUGGUGUGAGUUCCGGUCUGGUGCUCGCGGCGGUUCAAAGUCGGGUCAACUGGUGAGCCCCUGUAGGGCCGCGUCAUUAAGGCGCUGUAUAUGUCUUCAACUCGCUGACAUUACAAAAGCAAAUAUAGCUUCUGAUUUCUAACUAAGUGAAACAUUGAUGUCACUGCGAACUGCCCCGAGGCGCUGCAGCCCCUCCAGAAAGAGGCUCUUGGUUCUAGACCAGCAAAGUGAGAGAGCCGAGAGCCACCAGCUCCCAGUCGGGUAAAUGAGCCAGCGCUUUAAACGAAAACUGCAGCCUGAUAGAGAAAAUACAUUUCUUAAGAAUAAAGAAUUAUUUUUAAAACCACCUUAAACACGCUGAAUAAAGCAGUUCCACCUUAAACACACUGAAUAAAGCAGUUCCACCUUAAACACGCUGAAUAAAGCAGUUCCACCUUAAACACGCUGAAUAAAGCAGUUCCACCUUAAACACGUUGAAUAAAGCAGUUCCACCUUAAACACGCUGAAUAAAGCAGUUCCACCUUAAACACGCUGAAUAAAGCAGUUCCACCUUAAACACGCUGAAUAAAGCAGUUCCACCUUAAACACGUUGAAUAAAGCAGUUCCACCUUAAACACACUGAAUAAAGCAGUUCCACCUUAAACACGCUGAAUAAAGCAGUUCCACCUUAAACACGCUGAAUAAAGCAGUUCCACCUUAAACACAUUGAAUAAAGCAGUUCCACCUUAAACACGCUGAAUAAAGCAGUUCCACCUUAAACACAUUGAAUAAAGCAGUUCCACCUUAAACACACUGAAUAAAGCAGUUCCACCUUAAACACGCUGAAUAAAGCAGUUCCACCUUAAACACGCUGAAUAAAGCAGUUCCACCUUAAACACGCACAAAGGCACAAAGGGGAUAUGACGCCAUUGAUUAUUGAUUAUUGAUUAUUGAUUACCGGUGAAACGCAGCGUUAGUUUAUUGAUGACAGAGGUCUUUGUGUUAAAGCUGCUUUGUUGAAUUAAAGUUGACCUUUUUAUUGACAUGAAACAAAAUCCAAAGCAUUUAUAAAAUUAUAAUCUAUAAAGUUCUAACUGCCUCCUGACCGCUGUGACCUUUGACCUCCUGCUGUGUUUGCAGUGUGUCGCAGGUCUCCACAGGAGGAGCUCUGAGCGACCGCACUCUGCCUCUGACGGUGUUCGUCAGCCGGGCUCCGCCCACAGGCCCGGAUGUGGAGCGGGUCAGCACCGGCACCAAGUUCGCCCUGGAGCUGUGGCUGAAGAGCCUGGAGACCCCUGACCCCUGACCCCUGACACUCUGCAGGCUUCAGGAAGGACAGCUCUGGAUCAGAGACAUUUCUUAUUUUAAUUAUUUCUUUUUCAAUAAAUCUGAAACAGAAAGUUUGACACCA